AUGCGAGGAAUGAUUCAUUCCUACGGCAGACGAGCCUUAGCCAUUGGGUUCACAGCGGCAGUAACUGCUACUGUGGCUUUCAAUCUGUUCUACGUGAUGCCACGGCAUGAGAAAUACGAAACUUUCUUCAAGAACUACGAUCCUUACACUCGCAUGAAGGAAAUUUGCGCCGAAGGAAAGGGUUACAUGCACACGUGUCCUCAGGACCUUGCAGAUAUGUACAAGGAGAAGGGCAAGGAAGUCGCUUCUUUGUAG